UUGUGACAGCCUUUUUUUCUUUCACCUCUACAUGUUUUGUAUAUAAAUUCCAUUGUUAUUUUAAUCAAACUGAGCUUCCACUUUCACUUUUCUCUAAACAAAAAGCACUUACAACAGUAAGAAUCACUGUAAGUUAACCAAGAAAUUUGAAUAACAUAACGACAACCACAGUAAAGCUCAUCUCUUUCCAUAUAUAAAGCCCAGAGAACCCUCCCUCCUUACCCAUCAACUCCUGGCCUGUUCUCUUCUUCCUUCCUCCUCCUCCCUAACCCUAAUUAUAAGCUCACUCAUGUCAAAGGAAGAAGGCCUCCUCAAGAAAAUUGAGCUGAAAGUGCAUGUAAACUGCUGCGACGGCUGCAAGAAGAAAGUCCUUAAAGCCCUAAGCAUAGAAGGCGUUUUGAAGACGGAGAUCCAUCCUUCUCUUCCCAAAGUAACCAUUACUGGAACAGUAGAAGCUGCAGCACUGAUGAAAAAGCUUGCAAAGUGUGGAAAGGCUUCAGAAUUGCUGCAAAUGGAUUCUGUUACACAGCCUGCCGAGAAAGAACUAAAGAAGGUUAGUAUUGAUAGUGCUAAGGAGGUUUCUAAAGAGCAGAUAGAGAACACUGAGAAGAAGAAGAAGAAGAAGGAGAAGGAGAAGGAGGAGGUGAGGAUUGCGGUGCCUGAAGUGAGUUGCUCAGUGAAUCAUGGUACAGUGCCUGCGAGAAUUCAUUUGCCGGAGGCUUUUGGUGUUCCGAUGCCGUGUUAUUCGAUCGUGGCAGGUCAGUGCUGCGCGCGGCAGCAGGGCUACUAUGAUGUGCCUGCGGUGCAACUGGUUCCGGUGACUUCACCGGGUGGUGCUGGUAUGGUGGAUUAUUUCAAUGAUGAGAAUACAAUGGGAUGCCAUGUGAUGUGAGGGUUUAAUUAUUUUUUUUAUUUUUAUUUUUUACCAUUUUAAUUUUCUUCUGAUAUGGAGUGAAGAGGGGAAAUAUGAUACUAAUUAGAAUUAUGGAAUUUUUCCUUUUUUUAUUUUGU